AUGGCUACAACAGUGCACGUCAAGAACAUCGGCCUUAACACUGCUGACAAGGAGAUCAAGGACUUCUUCUCUUUCUGCGGCAAGAUCACCUCAAUUGAGAUUACUGCCGGCGCAGAGACCAAGUCGGCUACCGUAACAUUCGAGAAGGAGACCGCGGCCCGUACCGCUCUGCUCCUGAACCACACUUCACUUGGCGGCAACGAGAUCCUGGUGGAAGGCGAGGCCUCGGCCGAGGGCCCUGCCACCCCGCCCAACGAGCCCAACGCUGCUGCAAAUGGCGAGAGCUCUCCCGUGAUCCGCCAGGAGGAGAAGCCCAGGGCACGGAUUCUCGCUGAGAUAUUGGCUCACGGCUACUGCGUGGCUGAGGCCGGCAUCCAGGCUGCUAUUGCUCUUGACGAGAAGCACAACGUUACCCAGAGGUUCCUGAACACAUUGAAGAACCUUGAUGCCAAGUACCACGCUACCGACCGUGCUCUUGCGGCCGACGCCCAGUACAACCUCACCGGCCGUGCCACUUCGCUCCUGACCGGCCUGUCCUCGUACUUUGAGAAGGCCUCCCACACUCCGACUGGCAAAAGGAUCGUCGACUUCUACACCGCUCAUUCCAAGCAGGUACAAGACAUUCAUGCCGAGGCUCGUCGGCUGGCUGAUCUGAAGAAGGAGGAGGCUGGUGGUGAUCCGCUUAAGGCGUCCGGUCUCAAUAAGGUUCCCGGCCUAGAGCGGGUCCUCAAUGCUCUUACUCACAACAAUAACGCUCAGCCCGCUGCGCAGGAGGCUCAGCCGGCUGCGGCUACUGCUUAA